AUGUCUACGGAAGAUAAUGUGAACACAUCUCAAAAAGGAAUUGGAACAUAUAAUGUAGGUAGCAAUGUGGUUGGAAAUAAGAGAUAUUUCAUUAAUGGUGCCUUCUACAAACCUGGAGGUCCAGUAUUUCUGAUGACUGAAGGGUCAGACACUGCCAAUAGAAAAUGGAUAUCAAUGAAUAAUACCUGGCUUACAUAUGCUGAGAGACUAGGCGCCCUCUGCUUACUUCUGGAACACAGAUUUUACGGACACAGCCAACCAACAGGAGAUCUGAGUACUGCCAGUCUCCGCUACCUCAGCAGCAGGCAAGCCUUGGCUGACAUUGUCAACUUCCGAACUAAAGUAGCAAAGACAGCAGGGCUCACCAGAAAUAAAUGGGUUGUAUUUGGUGGCUCUUAUGGCGGCUCCCUUGCAGUGUGGUCAAGAAUAAAACACCCUGACCUGUUUGCUGCAGCAGUGGGCAGCAGCGCACCAAUGCUAGCAAAGGUUAAUUUUUAUGAGUACCUUGAAGGAGUUCAGAAUUCUCUGGGCACUCAUAACAAGGAAUGUUUGAAAGCAGUGAAAGAGGCUUAUGAUCAAGUUGUGGAGAUGCUGAAACUUCCGAAAUACUACAGUAAGCUUGAAAGUGAUUUCAUGUUAUGUAAAAAUUUUAAAUUUAACUCAGUAAUGGACACAACCUUUUUUCUGGAACGUUUGGUUUUGCUUGUUGCCACCAAUGUUCAACACAAUAUGGAUAAAAAAAAAAAGGUAGGCAUUCUUAGAUCCACAUUUAAAGAUACGGACCCUGAUCCUCAGAGAGGCCAAAUCAAACUUAGAUUUGGAGGAUUUUAUGUGCUAUAUGGGGAGGGAAACCAGGUCUUUAUCAGGAUUGAAGACUUUUGUGACAUCAUGACUAACACCUCACUGGGUUCACCAUAUUACAGACUUGUAAGAAUUGUACAUUCAGUGUUUAAGGAAACAUUUUCACUUUCGUUUAAUGCAGAUUAUGAUGGUAAAAUGAAAGCCUUAUCUGACUCUUCCAUAAAUCACCACAUGCCUACACAAGGCAGGCAAUGGCUCUAUCAGUCUUGCACUGAAUUUGGUUUCUUUAAGACCACGGAUUCAAAGAACCAGCCCUUCACUGGAGUGCCUCUCAGUUAUUUUGUUAAGCCAUGUUCUGAUGUCUUUGGCCCAGAAUUUAAUUACGAUUCACUGAAGACGGGUGUUAUGUCUACCAACAUGUACUACGGUGGCUUCAAUGUGAGGGGAAGCAAAAUCAUAUUUUCCAAUGGUUCCUUUGAUCCUUGGCAUACUCUGGGAAUCACAAAGGAUAUCAGUAAAGAUUUGCCUGCUGUCUUCAUUAAAGGUGCAGGACAUUGUUCAGAAAUGUUCAGACAAAAGGCUACUGAUUCAGCUGAACUAAUUCAAGCACGAGAAAAAAUCUUCCACAUCUUACAAAAAUGGCUAAAGGAAUAG